UCAGUAAUGAGUGAAAUCCGGUACGUGUUAGCAAGUUACGUUAACUUCGGUCAAAGUGGCGGAAUUUGAGUGCACUUGUAAGGCCCACGUGUCUAAUAAUUAGAUAUUUAACAGCCAUAGAAAAUACUCGACAGACUGGACAGUACACAUUAAUUCUGUAUUUCUCUUUGUCGAUCGCUAUUUCUUGAAUAAUUUUUCAGAUCUAUUAGUUGGAGUUGAAAGAAAAAUGGGGAGGAUGGAUUAUUUGGCUAUGAAGACUGAUGAAGAUACUAACAAAUUGAUUAAUGAAGAUCUGAAUGAGCUCAAGUUAGCUGCUAAGAACCUCUUUGACCAUGCCACUAAACUUGGUGGUCUUGGAUUUGGUACUUCUCUUCUCAAAUGGUUCGCCUCAUUUGCUGCCAUUUAUUUGCUGAUACUGGACCGGACAAACUGGAAAACAAAUAUGCUGACUGGACUUCUAGUCCCAUAUAUUUUCUUCAGUUUCCCUGGAGUGUUAUUCCACUUAUUCAGAGGAGAGGUUGGGAAAUGGAUUGCUUUCGUUGCAGUGGUACUCAGGCUUUUCUUCCCACGACAUUUUCCAGACUGGUUGGAGAUGCCUGGUUCAUUAAUCCUACUUCUAGUGGUUGCACCCAACCUCUUUGCCCACACUUUUAGAGACAGUUGGGUUGGCACUGUGAUAUGUCUUUUGAUUGGCUGCUAUCUCCUCCAAGAGCACAUCAGAGCCUCUGGUGGAUUCAGAAAUUCCUUCACACAGAGCAAUGGUAUAUCUAACACAGUAGGUAUUAUCCUUCUGUUGGUCUAUCCAAUCUGGGCGCUGGUACUCCGAGUCGUUUGAUGAACUAUAGCUGCAACAAUGAUUUGUGUGUUUUGGUCCACGAAUUUCAAUGUUGAAUGCUGCGAGCAGACCUCUUCGGUUACUAUUAAACCGAUGAAUAAAUGGAUUUGGUUUAGUUUUGGAUGUGGUUUAAACGUUUCUGGUUAUGUGAUUAUUUACUUUUGACAUAUAAAGUACUUAUGAUUAGUGGAUUUUGCAAAGUUUUCUUCACACA